AUGUUGAUAUAGUUUGGAGUCGAGGUUCAUUUUUUCAGCAUGAUCAAAGAAACGGAUGCUCCUGCAGAUAAUUCAUUUAGAACACUGCUGUCAGAAACAUCUGCUCAUGGAUGUAAAAAUGUGAUUUCACCAUCCAGAAGUCGAUUUAUCAGAUUUGUAUGGUUACUGUGUGUGAUUGGAAUGACUGUUUGUAUGAGUCUAACUUUAGCUAGUUUGUUAAGGAACUAUAAAGCCUAUCCUUUUAACACAGUUGUUAAAAUUGAACCUAAAACGCAACUGGAUUUUCCCACCAUUACCGUGUGUGAUUUGAACUACGCAGAUAUAACAAAAUUGGAGAAAUCAAAAGGCAUGUUUCAUUUCUUUUUGAUGCACAGCAGCUUUCUUAACAUUGUGAAAGUCCACAAUACCCACGACGAUUUUGAUCUAGCACGGGCAACAACCAUUGACAAACUAUUUAAAACUGUAAAUACAACCACUGAUGAUUUAUUCAAAGUUUGCUUAUGGAAAAAUCGAGUUAUCCCCUGUGUAGAUUUUUGGAAACCAGUCUUUACUGAUCUGGGCCGUUGUUUCGUAUUUAAUCAUAAUGCAACAGACAGAUUAUCUGCUGAUUCUACUGGAACAAAAGGAGGUCUAUCAUUUAUUGCUUCAAUCAACCAGGCCGGGUAUCUAGUAAGUGAUUCACCAGCGGCAGGUUUAAAGGUUAGCAUUCACGAUCCAGACGAACCACCCCAGACUGCUAAUUAUGGGAUAUUGGCGUCACCAGGAGCUUCUACAUCAAUAGGCAUUCGUAAAACAUCGUACAAGUUUUUACCCGCUCCCUUCAAGGCAUACGGUGAUAGUUCAUGUAUAGUUAAUGAUGACCCAUCCUUGCUAUCUAAGAUGAAAUAUUCUUCAGUCUACAACAGAGAAACGUGUAUCAGGGAAUGUUUAGGGGAGUUAACCGUAAAAAAUUGCAGUUGUAAAUCAGUCACUGAACCAGAUUUUUUACCCUACCCAUACUGUACCUUACAACAAUUGGUAGAUUGUUACCGACCGUUAUUAGAUACAUAUUACGGUAACGAUCAUGCAGAAGUUUUAUGUGAUUGUCCAAGGCUGUGUUUCUUUAAUUUAUAUCAUACACGUACAUCAAUGGCUAUGUUUCCGUCAGUACCUGCAACACGAGUCCUAACUGUUAAUAACGUCAUUGAUGAACAGAGGGAUGCAAGAACCGGGGUUUUGGAUAUAACCAUAUUCUAUGAAAAUUUUCUUCUGGAAGAGAUUCAUCAUGUCGGCCAAUACAGUUAUACUUCCGUUAUUGGUACAGUAGGAGGUCAGAUGGGGUUAUUUCUAGGAGCUAGUAUUAUAACUAUAGCAGAGUUUAUAGAGAUUUUACUAUGGUCCGUUAGAAGGAGCUUCGGGAAGAUUCGCCAACGACUGAAAAUCCAUGAGACAAACGCGAAAGCCGAUGCUGUGAAAUAAUAAACUAUAUUAUUAUUUCACAUUUCACAGUUCAAUUUAUGCUAAGAUCAAAAACCUUCUGAAUGAAAAACAUAUUUCCCCACAGCGCGACGAGACAAUAAUGUAUCAAUUCCUGUAUAGUCAAGACGAGAUACUCCAGAGUUCAUAUCGCAAUGGACCGCAUACAUUAUCAACAUUAAAUAUUGUGUGAUUCUAAAUCCCAGAUCCCAAGUUUUCUGUUGAUCUGUAAUCUAAAAGGGCCGAGCAUUGGUACUUCUAGCAAGUUUCUCAGGAAAUAUUUGUAUGCGAUAUCAACCGCGGUGGAAGCAUACGGCGCAAUGAACGAACGACGUUUAAUUGGCCUGUAAUCAACAGGGUGACUAAAAUAAAUACCUUCUAAUGGAAAUUCAUUGAUAAUUCA